GAUGACUAUGUGCCUUUGCUUAUCGACGGAUUCGACAAUGAUAAAGUACAGUGGCACUUGAACUAUGAGAAAGUAAGAAGUAUGGUAGGUGAUGUGAUUGAUGAGAUUCAAGAACAAUACGAGGAACAUCCUGAAGAAGUGUCUGUUGUAUAUACGGAUAAUGGAGAAGGAGAGAUGCACCAGCAAGAUCAGGAGAAUGAAAAUGUGGUCGUAGACGGAGUGGAAUAUGCUUAUGAGGUGGAGACUGGCGAAAACAUUGAAGUUAUAUCGGAUCUUAAUAUUGAACGCCCAGGCUCACCCCAUGUUUUAGUUGAUGAUAUCCCUACUGCUGAUAGGGAGGAAAUUGUUGUUACUGAUGAUAUGAAUUGA